AAAAAAAAAAGGCCCUGGAAAGGAAGACUUUACUGCUGAAUUUUACCAGACCUUUAAUGAAACCAAAACUACAUUGAGACUCCAUCUCAUCCUACUUAAAAUGAGAAUAAUACAAAAUAUCAUACAAAGCAAACAAAAAACCAGACCCAUAAACACUGGCAGAGUGGAAAAAGGAAAUGUAUGGCUGGAGAUAGAAGAGAGCACAGCCACUCUGGAAGGUAACUAAGGGUACCUGUGUUAUCUGUCCUUGCAAAGCCAACUGAAAUUGCUCAUUGAUGGACUUCAUGGUGCCCCAUUCAUCUGUAUUCCAUUCAUCUAUCGUUUGUGGAUGAUGUAAAGAGCUCUUCCUGUAUGCCGGACAUUGUUUUAGGUUUCAAAAUAAAGGUAGCUGGUACAGAGGAUCUAUCCUGUUAUGAGACAAUAAACCAAGUGUCGGGAGAGCUAAGUGUUCUUUCCAAGGAGAGAAUGAAAAUGGCAAGACAACCUGUCACCACCUUUGGGAAGAUCACAUCUGAUGGCCAUGGCUGUUGGAUAGAAGUGCAGUCAAUUGUGCACUGAUCUUAUGCCCUGAAGCCGUGGAACUCAUGCUUCAGCUCUGAUGUUUUCUACUUUUGUGUGGAUUCCGUAGGAUUUUCCGCUGGCUUUGAACUAACUGUGUAGCCUGAGUCGGCCUUCAAGUCAUGGUAAUCCUCCUGCCUCAGCCUCUUGAGUACUGGGAUCACAGAUGCGCCUCACCACACAUGGUUGAUGAGAGAGGUUCUGGCUAUAUAGCCCAGGUCCCACGUACACAGACCCCGUGGCCGGAAGCUCCAGGGAUGACCAGCCCCUCCCCGCGCAUCCAGAUCAUCUCCACUGACUCUGCAGUUGCCUCACCCCAGCGCAUCCAGAUCGUCACGGAUUCGGCAUCUGUGGAGCGGCUGCUGGGGAAGGCCGAGCUCCAGCGGCCACAGGUGGUGGAAUACUGUGUGGUCUGCGGUGACAAAGCCUCAGGCCGGCACUAUGGGGCUGUCAGCUGUGAAGGCUGCAAGGGCUUCUUCAAAAGGAGCGUGAGGAAGAAUCUGACCUACAGCUGCCGCAGCAGCCAGGACUGUGUGAUCAACAAGCACCACCGCAACCGUUGCCAGUUCUGCCGCCUAAAGAAGUGCCUGGAGAUGGGCAUGAAGAUGGAGUCUGUGCAGAGUGAGCGUAAGCCCUUUGAUGUACAGCGGGAGAAGCCAAGCAACUGUGCUGCUUCCACAGAGAAGAUCUACAUCCGGAAGGACCUGCGGAGCCCCCUGAUAGCCACACCCACUUUUGUGGCUGACAAGGACGGUGCAAGCAGACAGCCUGGUCUUCUGGACCCAGGGAUGCUCGUGAACAUCCAGCAGCCCCUGAUCCGUGAGGAUGGGACAGUGCUCCUGGCCACAGACUCCAAGGCUGAGACAAGCCAGGGAGCCCUGGGCACACUGGCAAAUGUCGUGACCUCUCUGGCUAACCUGAGUGAAUCCUUGAACAACGGCGACACCUCAGACAUCCAGCCAGAGGACCAGUCUGCCAGCGAGAUCACUCGGGCAUUUGACACUUUAGCCAAAGCACUUAACACUGCAGAUAGCGCCUCACCCCCUGGCUUGGCAGACGGGCUGGAUGCCAGUGGAGGAGGUGGCAUCCACGUCAUCAGCAGGGACCAGUCCACACCCAUCAUCGAGGUUGAGGGCCCGCUUCUCUCAGACACACACGUCACAUUCAAGCUGACGAUGCCCAGCCCAAUGCCGGAGUACCUCAACGUGCACUAUAUCUGCGAGUCUGCGUCACGCCUGCUCUUCCUAUCCAUGCACUGGGCGCGCUCCAUUCCAGCCUUCCAGGCAUUGGGGCAGGACUGCAACACCAGCCUGGUACGUGCCUGCUGGAAUGAGCUCUUCACCCUUGGCCUGGCGCAGUGUGCACAGGUCAUGAGCCUAUCCACCAUCCUGGCCGCCAUCGUCAACCACCUGCAGAACAGCAUCCAGGAAGACAAGCUGUCAGGCGAGCGUGUGAAGCAGGUCAUGGAGCACAUCUGGAAGCUGCAGGAGUUCUGCAACAGCAUGGCGCGACUGGAGAUAGACGGCUACGAGUACGCAUACCUUAAAGCUAUAGUUCUCUUUAGCCCUGAUCACCCAGGUCUAACGGGCACAAGCCAGAUUGAGAAGUUCCAGGAGAAGGCCCAGAUGGAGCUGCAGGACUAUGUACAGAAGACCUACUCUGAGGACACUUACCGAUUGGCCCGGAUCCUUGUACGCCUUCCAGCGCUCAGGCUGAUGAGCUCAAACAUCACUGAAGAACUCUUUUUUACUGGCCUCAUUGGCAACGUUUCAAUAGACAGCAUAAUCCCCUACAUCCUCAAGAUGGAGACAGCGGAGUACAAUGGCCAGAUCACUGGAGGCAGCCUAUAGGCACUGUGCCCAGCCGGCCAGGGCUCCCAGGCCCCUCAGACCCCAGAAGACAGUGGCAGACAGAGCCCGGUAUGUGCAAAUGUUUCCAUGUCCGCCACUCCCCACCUGGUUUCUUCUUACCAUAACCCCAGGCAGUCUUGACUGAAGGCCAGGAUCCUUUCCUGCCGUGAGAAAUGUUUUCAUGCCUUUUGAUGAAGCAGCUGACUUUGGAACAACCUUUUAACUCAAUUUGUAUUUCAAAUUUCUCAAAGGGCAAAAAACAAAAAUGAAGUUUUAUAAUGUCAGAGACUAGUAUUAAAACUAAAAGAACCUAAGAGAACAGUAUGCCUGUAAAUAUAUUAAAAAAUGUCCUUGGAAUUAAUAGCUACUAAUUACCAGGGUAACAACAUUAGCACUUUCUAAGCACUUCUUACCAGAAUCUGUGACAUUAGCAGCAUCUUGCCUGUGGGCAGGGCAAAUGGAAAACUUUUACUGAGAUGCUCAUGAUCCCUGUGGAAACGCACUGGGCCACAGGAGACAAUCAAGCACUUAAGGAAGGAAGGAUCAUUCCUGUCGGUGUGCACACUGGUGUCAGAGGGCAUCACGCCGUUCAUGGGAGCAUGGUGGCCCAGUGGCAGGAACCCAAACCAGAAGCCACCAACAACUGGCUGAGGAUCCUCACAGUCCUGGCCUGUAACAGAGUCUACAGACUACAGGAACCUGGGUUCUACACUGAGGGGCUCAGAGUGCAGCCCCGCAGACCCUCACCCAGCUAACUCCACUGGCAUUGGAAACAUCGUCACCACUACUCAGAGCAGCAGAGCUCCCUACCCAACAUGUACAGCAGACACUUGGAACCUUGACACCCCUUGGAACUCAUCCCAGUGGCUUCUGCACCUCCCGCUCCUGGUACCCUGAAGAAGGGCCUGUGUGUCUCUGAGGCACUAGAACUGUGCAGUCAGACGGGGCCGUGCUGCACUCUCGCUAGACCUAUGUGCUGGCGCGAGCAUCAGGAUGGUCCUUUGUGGCUGGUUAAACAUCAGGGACCCUACCAGAGUCCCCACACCUGUCAUCUCUCCUGUGAGCCUUUUGGAGCUUUUGCUCAAUGGACACAGCAGCAAUGGCUCCCAAUCCUGAUGUUACAUUCUCUUUCUGCAAAAAUGAGUGACUGGUUUGCAGUGAGAACAGACUCACCGGGACUGUGCCAGGCACCCCGGGUUUCUAUCUGGGCUGGAGUAAGAAAGCCCUUCCUGUAGGAUGAGGUUUGCAUCUGCUGGGAUUGUAAAUUGGAUCUGGCUUUGCAGAGUCCCAAGGGUUGCCAGCUACCACUGCUCACUCUCAUAAAAAAUGAGUGUGCAUGGCAUGUCUGGCUCCUGAAUUGCCAUUUGGAUCUUGGGGUGUCCUCACAGGUCACACCUGGGAGGCAGUCUUGGGGACAUCAGGUGGCCAGUAUAAAAUGAUGAUAUAAUUUUGCCAGCUUAAAGUAUGAUUUAGUUUUUUAACCUAAGUGUUUUAAAUUUUAAAAUUAAAGACUGCCCAGGACUGAGGGGUUUGGUGGGUCCCCUUCCUCUGCCUGUAAAGGAUUCCAGUUGAGGUGUUGCCAGGGGCAGUGUGUCCUGUCACCACAGCUCACAAGCUGCCCCAUCCUACUCCUCAGGAUCUGGUGUGAGUACCCUUGAGGGACAGGGCACAUGCAGAGCUCAGGGACAGCACUGAAGAAGAGUGGCUUUAUGUGUGAAGCUGCUGACUCUGACCAGUGCUGGCCAAUUCCAGUGGCUAUAGGGCAUCCCAGACCCUUGGCCUUGUCUUUGAGGGUCACAUCACAUGCCCAGUCUCGCUGCCUGAGGUCAUUUCCAGCCUUCAACUGUGCGUCUUGUCAGAUGGGUUCAGGUGUCCACCCAGGCUGGGGAUAGUGUAGUUUCCCCUCAGUCCUCAUCUGGAGUAAGUGGGUAUACCCUGAGCCUACGAGGUGGGACCAGCCCUCAGUGAGGGACACAGCUUGGCAGCUGUUUCAAAAGUACAUGGAGUAACUGUGGCUAUGUGUCUCUUUCCAGAACCAUUUCAAACAGUGCUGCAUUAGGACAAUUGUGUGGUCCAUGUGUGGUGGUCUUUACAGGUGUGAACAGGACAGAGCAGACAGGAAAAGACCAAACUCCUUCAGCAGUGAUUCUUAAGUUCCUCCUGGAGGGUGUCUAGAGGUGUCAGGCAGUCCUUCUAGUGUGCAACAAGUAUAUGCAUAAAAGAACCUGCAUUUACUGUCCAACCUCUGCUGUAGCCUGUGGCAUGGGGUCAUCAGGGUAGUCACGUAUGCUCUGCCCUCAGACUAUCAUCUGGCUUGUCACAGUAUUAGAGGUUGUUCAGAGGUGGCCCAGCAACCACACUGCACGAGCCCUAGCAAGGGGCCAGUGAUCACAGGCUCUGAGGUGGCAACACUGUCCUCAGGAGGUCUGCUGUCUCUAGAAUCCCAAAGCUCGCUCUCUACCUUUUAGCUUGAACAUGUGACAGGUAGUGAGAUGGCAAAUGGCAUUGGUGCUCCCAUGGCCAGACACAAAAGCUACCAUCUGACACCCCUUCUGCCCAUCCACUUCCUCUGCCCAGCUCAGCCUCUAGAUUGUGGUUUUUGGAGAACAUCCAGAACCAGCCCCCAACCAGACAGGGUGGCCCAGGUCUCCAGAGUAUACAUGUGUCUACACCUAUGUACAGUAUACAUAGCAUGCACCCAUAUAAUAGGUGUAAAUUAUGUGUACAGUCUCAGCCACCACCCAGCCACCACCGUGACAGCUAAGAGAGAUCCUACGGUAUGAGCAUUCAAGGGCACUGUGACAAUGGCCAGGGCCCAGAUGGAGCUCAGACAGGAGCAGUCCAGGCCAGGGCAUUUGUCUGUGUCCUCUAGGUCCCAGGGGCUAGGACAGUGGACAGUGCAGCCCAACAGCCAGGACUAGUGGCUUUUUCUACACCAACUCCUCUGACUUCUGAUGGAUCCUGGUAAUAGCCAGUAGCCUCCCUAGGCACUGGACCCAUUUGCCAGGCUAAGACGACAUGGCCUGUCUGCAGGCUGCUUCAGGGUGGCAGCAUCAGUGCUCCCUUGUGGGCCCUAGCCAGAUGCACCCACCCCUCAGUAUAGGGCCUGCCAAGUUAAUCAGAUAGCACUGCUGUCAGCUCACUGUGGUGGCCCGAGUAUAACACACCUUAAAUCACUUCCAACUGUGAGCAUGCAAAUGAAACCUGCUGGCUUAAUUCCUUUUUGUAACUUAGGGUUUGCAUUCUUGGGGUAAAAACUACUCUAAUAUAGAUGUGUUCACCCUGAAAAUUGCAUAUGCCAAUUUUCUUUGCCAGAUCUAUUGUGCUAUCUCCUGUAUGUAGCCAGCUUUCCACUGAAAUACAGGACUUGCAGAUAGAUAGCACAGGAGCUCCCGGGAGUUGUGCUCGGGUCUGAACUAAGCUGGCCUGCUGUUAGAAACACUUCAUGCAGCCACAGCACUCAGUGCCUUUUGUGAGACAUGGGUUGCUAAACCUUCCGCAUCCCUGCUCUGAUGUUACAAGAGCUUCCACAGAGUCCCAACCCUAGCCUGUUGUGACAAUCACACUAAAGAAACUGACUUUCCAGUCAAGAAGGGGAGCCUGAUUGUCUCUAAAUGACUUUAAAAUAUGGGGGGGGGGGGCACCUGUUACAUUAGCAACCUAAUAACAAACUGAGAGAUCAUAUUUUUAAUGUUCCACUAUACUUCCAUUUAAGAAGAUAAAUUUUGGUCUUGAUAGUUACACACAAAGUCCCCAACACCAUUUACCAAUUCAGAGUGCUUUAGUGUUUAAUGCAGAGGUAACAUCAGGAAGGGGCAGACUGACAGCAAACCCAGCUCUUUAUGAAGAAAGGACCCUCCUAGGCCAGGCAUACAGCUCAGUGUAAUAACCACCUGCCUGGCAAGUGCAAGGUUGAGUUCAAUCCCUGGUACGGUACCCGCCCUCCCCCCCCCAAAAAAAAAGACCCUCUUGUCGCUGUCAACACUGCCACUGCACACAACUCAAUCCUGGAACCUUUUUCUACCCUGAAACCAGUGUUCAAUUAGUUUUAUACCCAAAAAGCUGUGUCUUUCUCAGCACCGCCCAUAGCUCCUGCUGUAGUUCGGCCCUCUGUUAACAUGUAGCUGUGUUGCCAGCCCCUUUGAGACGAUGUCUGUUAGAGGAGAACCGGGUGUUGGGACCGUUUCUGUAACCUCUGCCCUUCACAAGAUAGAAAAUACUGUUCAUGCCAUUACCUUCUAAUUCCAGGUUCCAAACCUGCUGGAAGCUAUGGCUCUACACAGCUUCCUUCCUGUACGAAUCAGCUUUGUUACGUGAUGGCAUUUAAAAACUAGCAUGUUCUUUUUAAAGUGGAUUUUAUAUCUAAUCAGUGUCUUCAGUCUUGAAGAAUCUGCAUUGUUGUGUUUGUAUAUAGAGUGUCACAGUGCAUGAAUUAGCUUUAUGCAUUUUAUUAAAUGCUGUUUCGAUGUGGCAUUACUGUUGUGGCUUAAUACUACUACCUACAUGAGGUUUAUACCAUUAAAAGUGGAUUAAGG